AUGUUUGCAGAAACUUAUUGGAUUAUAAGAAGUAAAUCCCGCAAGAGUAGAGCGAAAGAUGAUUUUUUAACUGACGCUUUCACGCUGCAGGACAUCAAUGAUAAGAUUUGGUUUGCUAAAUUUAUUGUCAAGCGAAAAGCAUUUCGAAAUGAGACUUUUUUAUUGGCCCUUGGGGACGGUCCGUAA